UCACGAUUCAAUAACGUUUUUAUAGAUUCCUUUUAUUUAUUCUAUUAUCUAUGCUCAUAAUCUCUAAAACAACACUGAUUACCUGAUAGAGUUAUUACUCUAUGUUCCAUGAUUACGAUUUUAGAAUUUUGAUUUAUCAUAGUGAACUUGUCGGGCCUAACCUGUACAAUAACAGAUACUAUUAUAUAUGAAUAUACUCUGUGCCAUAGUGUAAGAAUAACAACUGUGCUAAUAACAUCUUAUCUCUAAUGGAUAUUUUGGUAAGCACGAAUCCAUUGAUAUACAAAACGUAAAUUCGAAUUAUUUGAGAUUAGUCAUGAUGGUUUUUAAGCGACUGAUUUAAACUUUUGACAUUUUGGUUAAUUAUAUAUAUAUAUAUAUUGAAAAUAUAGACAUUAUUUAUUGAAUGUAUAAUUAAUAUACAUUCAAUUACAAGCACUGUAACAGUUGUACGUAUUUAAAUGCCAUCCGAGUGAUAUGGAUAAAAACAAACUAUCAGUUCUACAGCCUUUUGAAUUGCACAAGCAAUUACUGGACAAAUAUCUGGAUUAUUGCAAGUCCGUUGACGUUAAAAAACGUGAAAAACGUGAUAUUGAUGUAAUACAGGAAAACCAUAAGUUUGUAUGGGAUGAAGAUGACGAAGUUGUCUCUUGGGAGCAGAAAUUGGCCAAGAAGUAUUAUGACAAGUUGUUCAAAGAAUAUUGUAUUUGUGACUUGAGCCUGUAUAAAAAGUCAAAAGUAGCAAUGCGUUGGCAAACAGAAAAAGAAAUGAUCAGUGGUAAAGGACAAUUCAUUUGCGGUAAUAGAGUUUGUAGUGAAAUUAAACAUUUACGGACAUGGGAAGUAAAUUUUAGUUAUAUGGAACAUGGGGAAAAGAAAAACACUCUAGUCAAACUAAGACUGUGUGCAGACAAAUGUUCUAAUAAAUUAAAUUAUAAACAUAAAGUUAAAGAGUUCAAACGCAAGGUUUCAAAAUCAACUAAAAGCAAGUCUACUAAACAUUUGAAAGAUCGAAGAACACCUGAUCGACAGCCUACAACUAGUGUUCAAGAUGAGGUACCAGUUACUUCUAAAAUAGUGAUUGAAGAUAAUGUGUGGUGUGAACAACUUCAAGUAGAAGAUGACAAACCUAGAGAAGAUGACUUUGAAAAUUAUUUAGAACAGCUGCUUUUGUAAAUUAAGAUGAUAUAAUAAACUGAUAAUUAUUAGUUUAUUAUUAUCCUAUUGCAUUAAACAACUUCUAUAUAAUUAUUCAAAACAAAAAUAACAAUAAC